ACUGCAUAUUUACUUCCUCUUAGCAGUGAAGCAGAUGACCUCUGCACAGCAGUGAAGCUCUGCCCCUGUCGCGUUUUACUGCUGAGGAAACAUGAACGCUUACAAUUUUCUGUUUGCUUUGUUUGUAUGCCUUGGAAAUCCAGUUUUUUCAGAGGAAGAUUUUUACCAAGUCAAAGCAUGUUGUUCAUUCAAUGGUCCAAACUUUGACAGUAUUGAACACAUACUUACAGCCAGUUUUAACAAGCAAACGAUGAUGGAGUACAACAGCACAAGAGGAAACUGGAUUGGAUUUACAAAUUAUUCAAUUGUGGCUUCACGGUUAUGGAACAAAGACCCUUUGGACCGCUUUGAAAGAGCAACGGAAAUGAGGCUAAUGUGUUACGGGAACCAAGAAUACAUACAAGCCAUCAGAAACCUGUCAACAACGCCGUCCAUGAGGCUAAAAUCAGUGAAACAGACAGAUGGUCGACAUCCAGCCAUGCUUGUGUGCAGUGCCUAUAACUUUUACCCAAAGCAAAUUAAAAUAACCUGGCUGCGAAAUGACCAAGAAGUGACUGAAGGGGUCAGUAACACAGAUGCCAUCCCAGUUGGAGAAUUGUACUACCAGUUUCAUUCUUACCUUGAGUACACACCGACUUCAGGAGAAAAAAUCAGCUGCAUGGUUGAACACGUCACCCUGUCGGAGCCAAGGAUCAUUGUUUGGAACGACUCACUUCCUGAAGGAGAAAAAAAUAAGAUUAUUGUUGGACUGUCUGGACUGAUCCUUGGUUUGGUUAUCUUUAUCUCUGGAUUUAUUUACCACAGGAAAAAGUCUGCUGUAUAUAACUCUAUCCGCCAAGAAUGAGCUCUGAUUCCUGUGGAGGUCAUUCCUGGAUUGCCUUUUAGUAGAACAACCAAAAACAAAUAAAAAAAACCCUAAAGUCCUCCAAGAUGCUCUACUUAUG